AUGCCCGGCCAGCGCCUGAGCCAGGCUGCAACGCUGUCGACGUCAGGCCUUUCCACGACUCACCGAGCCCCAGAGCCCGCGCCGAGAGCCGGGAAGACCGGCAUGGCGGUCGCCAGUAACAUGAAAGUACCACGGAAGGCUGCGCGCGGCGUCUCGGCGUUGGGCGACUCUGCGACCUGGAUCCGGAGGAAGGAAAUUAGGUUGAUGCGAUGGCAGUGCUGGAAAGACAGCCAGCCGACAGUCUAG